ACAAGUGACUUACCCUCAAGUCAAAAAGUUUUUUUAAAAAAACUCUUACAGUCCCAUGGGAAAAAAAAACUGAUGGGACUGUCAUUUGCCCAUGGAGCCACAGCAUAGCAAGGAGAGGGGGGUGGGGAAUCAUUAUUGAAAUGAAGUUUUAUACCUUGUGUUAUUGUUACUAACUGCUUUCUGCAGUAAAAUAUACUGAUUUUAGAAACUUUAGUCUGCAAAUGCUUUUUACAGUGUUUCUUCACUUUUUUUUUUGAAAACAACUUCCCUACGUAUGACUGCUGUUAUCAUUUCUCUCAAUUGCAGACACUAGUUAUAGAACAAAAUUAGGCUAUUUUGUCUAUUGUGCAUGUCUCAGGCAUUCAACCACAAGUUGAAAUAGUUCCACACAUCUUACUCCACUGUCUCAUUCUUCCUCUUUUUUUUUCCCCCUCAAAACAAAACUUUGUAUAGUACUUGACAACUGUCUGUGAUGUUCUCAAAUGUUGAACACAUUAGCCCCUAAUACCUUCCACAUGUUAAUAAUUUAUAAAAGGUACUCAAACUAAUGAACACCCCAGGCGUUCUACAAUGGUCCUAGUAUUCCAGAAUAAGACUAUUGUAUCCAGCAGCUUUAUUAACUAAACAAUAGUAGCUCACUCUAAAGAGAUAACAUGAUUUAGAUUAAGGAGGUUUUGGUCAGAUUGCCCUAUUUGCUCCUGGCAACUUAUGAAAGCUGUCUUGAUUGAUUUUUACAUAGCAGGAAGUGGGAUGGGGGCCAAGGAUGAAUUGUUACCUGGCAGUAAAGGAGGAAAGCUGGAGAGUUUGAAUUGUACCUGUUACAACCAGGAGUGGGCAUGCCAAGAGACUGGUGGGGGCGGUGUUCAAUGAACGGUCGUUGAUGAGAAUGAGAAAGACUGGUCUUAUCCAUUCGGAGAAGUAUGGCUUACGGAGCAGAGCACAAUUUUCAUACUGUUUUACCAAGACAUCUUCCAGCAGAACCGGACGGCUGGUUAAAAGUGCCUCAAAAUGGUCAAGUGAUUCUGUCUCUAAGCGGUGACAACUGCUAUUGGUCCCAAGAUUUUGAUAUGGAUGCCUGUGCUCGGAGGUUGGAAGGAUUUGGAUUUCAGAUAUCUUCAGGCACCUACAGAAAGCAAAUUGCAAGUUCUCUAAAGGAUUCAGCAAUACGAAGAUACAUGUUCUUUAACUCUCAGGCUUUCAGGCUGGUGUUGGUUACAAUUUUCUAUUUAACUGCUUGGGGAAACAUAUACUCCACCUUUCAUCAGCUCAGCAUGAACAGUGUACUCUUCUACCUUCUUGUGAGCCUGGGUGCAACAGUUAUCACCAUCAUUAUUAUACUGAUCCUUGAUAGAUACACCAAAAAGGUAAAUAUUAACACAGAUAUGCGUCUCACUGCUGUGAAUGAAAUGCUAAUGAACCACAAUCUGUUGGUGGGGGUCACCGAUACCAUGGAGGGCUUCAGAAGCAUACUUCAACUGUUGUUCGUAUAUUUUAACCUUGAGAAAUGCAAGGAAGCAUUGACAACCCUACUUGAGCAAAGGAAGGUGGAUAUCUUCUUCCAGUCAGAGUUACGAAAGCACUUGAACCAUCUGUACAUGAUAAAGGGCCUCCCUGUGACUCUGCACGAGGAAUUCCAGAGUAAGGUGAUUGUCAUAUCUGAGGAACAACCCCUUUUGUCCAACAGUAGCAAGGUCCACAAAUCUAAGUCUACCUUCAGUGAAGUGACCAAUUUUAUCACUAAAGGAAAUCGCACGGCAGUUGCUGAUCACAUACAGUGGAGUUUACAUCAGGCUUUUGGUGACUCGUCAGCUCCCUCCUUCUCCCAUGCUUCACCAGGUUGCUCAGACUCCUGCUCCAUGUCUUUGUCAGUUUAUACAGCACACUGUACUGAGCCGCAAGAGCAUCUACGAAUAUCACUAAAAUUGAACAUGGAAUUACAUAAUUUGCAUUUAAACUAAAUAUUUUGUGGAUUUAUUACAUGAAAGUAUCAGUGUGAUUAGAUGUUGUAUGAAUAAUACUCAGUGAAUGGUUUAUUAUCGUUGAAGAGUGAAAUCAAGGUUUCUGCUUUAUUUUCUGAUAUGAUGUGUGGCCCUUAAAAGGUAUUAAACUCAGUUUUAUGACUUUA